GCUAUCGUUAAUUUUGUAUGACUUUUCAUUUCUUUUCUUAUCCAUAAAAAGUGUACAAGUAAGUUUUUAAUCGGAGAUCCGCUCGUUUGUAUCAAUAAACGAAAUUUGUAGAAAUUACGUGUAAUAACGUUUUGAAAAAUGAUUUCAUUGUUUUUAACUACGAGAAGCUUCUAUCCGACAUACGAUCAGAGAAAAGUUGUUAGAUCCAUUCAUUCGUGUCAGUAAAUGUAAUUCACGGGUUGAUUGGUUCUCAGACAGCUAGGAUCGCGAUCGUAUCUAAACGAACACGAAAGUAAUUAAACUAAAAUAUACGAUAAAUUAAAGGCGAUCCUUUGUUCCCGCUUCCGAUCGCGUGGGUUUGAAUGGUGCCAAGUUUCCCGGUGUAAAUUUCGCCUCCGCGUAAUCUCCGUUCUAAAACGGGCGAAUCGAAAAUUCACCACUCCGGGGAUGCCGUUAAAUCCGUAAUAAGAUCAGGAUUACGUAGCGUCGUGAACAAAGAUCGCCCCCGAUCGAUGAUCGAACGGGCGUAGAAAGAGGAUCGAGGAUGUUACUUUUCCCCUCUUCCAGGCCCGUAUAAAAGUCCGAAUGUGUCGAUCCGGCCGACACAAACUGUGAAAGAUCGUCAGUGAAAGACGUUCUCCUUUACGACGUCUACCUUUCGGCUUAGUACCCUCCUCCUCGAUCACCGCGAAAUUCAACGAUGUUGGUCUUUCUGACCACGCUACUGUUGGUAGCAUCCGCGUAUUCGAAACCAGCACCGGAACCCCCAGCCAAUUCUUACUUCCCUCCAUCGGGCGGUGGUGGCCUCCCGAGCGGAUCCGGUAGUUACGGACCCCCGUCGCUUCCGGACCGUUACGGGCCACCCCAACAACCGCCGGUCGUCCACAAGCACGUCUACGUCCAUGUGCCACCCCCGGAAGCGCCGGAAUACAAACCACCAAAGUAUAUCCCACCCGCUGCGCCGCCACAGAAGCACUACAAGAUCGUUUUCAUAAAAGCACCGACUCCACCCACGCCGACGGCACCGGCUUUGCCGCCGUUACCGCCUCAGGACGAGGAGAAGACGUUGAUCUACGUGCUGGUGAAGAAACCGGAAGAGGCGCCAGAAGUAGUACUACCUACCCAGGCACCGACGCAACCCAGCAAACCGGAAGUCUACUUCAUCAGAUACAAAACGCAGAAAGAGCAACAGAGCCAGGAAUAUGGACCACCGGCGCAAUCACCUCCUUCGGAUAACUAUGGCCCACCGAGCUCUGGCGGACCAUACUAAAUAAGUAUAUCAUUAGCAAGUAAUGCGAUGCUCCCAGUGAGUCGAAUGAGGUAUACCAAUCUCAUGAGUUAAAGAAUGAGAAUCGUCCAUGAGAUUGCGAGGAAAUUGAUAUGCACGUAACGCUAUUACUCUUACAGAGUCUCGUAGGUUCAGUCUAGACUCUAGACUCGUACGCAUAGAUUUUUUAUUAUAGUCCAAGUGUCUAUUUAUCACGGUGAGGACAUUCUUUAACACGGAUAAAACAGAAAGAUAUAAAAGCGAAAUCUUAAGAAAAAUUAUAAAGAUAAUAGUUAUAAACAUUCGAUUCUUCAAAUGAUUUAAUUCCACAUCUUAUAAAGAAAACAGUCGGAAACAUCUUUGAUGAAAAUGUCAACACUGCUUAGAAUGAUUACACAUAUCAUAGACAAAUAGAUGAUGAUGAUGACUUGGGAAUUUAAUUAACAACGAAAAUAAUUAUAAGGUGUACAUGUAUAUUUUAAUAAAACUAUUUGUACUUUUGUAGAACGUGUUUUACAAUUUUUUAUUACGAGCUUGCCAAUCCAGUUCUUAUCUUCAACGAUAAGGCAUAUUAUUAUAAAUUUAUGAUUGGGGAAUAUGAAAUAAAUUUCAUUUCAGUU